AUGUCCCAAAUUGCUGACCCCGAUAUGAAUAACGAGAUUGAAUUUAACAAUGAAACCAUCGCAAGUUUACCGAUGAUUAAGAAAUUGCAAAAUUUGGUUUAUCUAACAUUUUUACUUAUUGGUGUAGGAUUACUAUGGCCAUGGAACAAUAUACUGAGUGCUACCUUAUUCUUUCAACACAAUAUUUUUAAAGAGACGACAAUUUAUGCAAAGAUUUUUACUAGUUCAAUGAUGACGGUAUCAACGUUAACGUCGCUAUUGUACAACAUUUAUUUGGAGAGAAGACAACAUUCAUACGCUACAAGAGUAGCGAGAGGUCUUAUUUGGCAGUUUGUUACAUUUAUAUUAAUCACCAUAAUUUGUGCGUUAUCGGGGAGUAUAUGGAUGGUAUCUGAGUUUCUACUAAUUAUGAUUCUUAUAUCAAUAAGUGCUAUUUCCACUGCUUGGACACAGAAUGGUAUAAUGGCAAUUGCUAAUGUAUAUGGACCAGAGUUCAGUCAAAGUGUUAUGAUGGGACAAGCAGUAGCGGGUGUCCUACCAUCUGUUGUAUUAUUAAUAGUCUCCCUUGGGAAAACUGACGACAACACAAAUAAUGGAAGUAAUAAAGGUAUCUAUUUUUAUUUUUUGACAACAUCAAUAGUCUGUGUCUCUUGCAUUUUAUUAUUCUAUAAUACGAAGAUAGAUGAAAAAUUUAAUAGCAUCUCGAACAAUGACAGGACAGAUACCCAACCGGCUCAUGAAACUCAAGCAGUACCGUUUAGAGUGUUAUAUUCAAAAUUGAAAUAUUUAGUAUUGUCUAUUAUUACAACUUUUGUUGUAACAUUAAUAUUCCCUGUAUUUGGCGCUAACAUUUUUGUCACAGGAUUACCAAUGUCAAAUGCACAAUAUAUCCCUUUAAUAUUUACAAUGUGGAAUUUAGGUGAUCUAUGUGGUAGAUUUAUUGCAAAUUGGAGUAUGUUCCGCGAUCCAUCAUUCACACCUUACAAGACGUUUAUAUAUUCUGUCUUACGUAUUGCAUUCAUUCCAUUUUUUUUCUAUUUCACAAUCCAAUCUCGUACUACUAGUGAUGACGGCCAAAGAGUCCACUCUGUAAUAUUGGAUAUAGAAUAUAUCUUAUUACAAUUCCUAUUUGGGGUCACGAAUGGUCAUAUCAUAUCGAUGAGUUUUAUGAAAGUGCCAGAAUCCCUAACUACAGAUCAAGAAAAGGAGGCUGCCGGCGGGUUCACCAGCAUAUUUGUAUCGACAGGCCUCACCAUCGGUAGUAUCAUCAGCUACAUAUUUGCCUUCAUGAUCAACAACAUCACUAUAUAA